AUGGCUGCGGUGACAUCCCUGGGGCUGCACCAGCCGACAGCACUUCAAUAUGCCAUCCAGGAACAGCUACUGAAAGAGAAUGCAUCGAGCACGGAUUAUACCUGGGAUAGCUUUGUGAACCACAGCGGCGGCGACAUUGGCGAGGACGAAUUGCUGGUCACUAAAGAGGCAGUUGUCUGGUCUCGAGGCAACAUUUUUCGCAAAUGCUUUGGUUUCAAGCUUGAGAAGGAGACCGUUACCCAAGCAUUAUUGACAUAUUUCCCUACAUCGAGCCAGUCCUUGCAGAGCAAUACCCCGAACACGCCCCAGACCAAGCUCUCUCCCGAUGGCCGCCAGCUCGCAAAGGCCUUGGUCGUCAUCUUGAAAACGCAGGCUCACGUUUACUUCUUGGAUGGUACCAGUCAUGUCCUCCAUCUGCCGUUUGAGGUGGAAUCUGCUUGCGCCGCACCUCACGGUGUCAUCAUGCAGCGCAGGCAGAGAAACGACGUUGCUUCCGUCGCCAGCAUCAAGUUUCCUCGAGUACCGCCGAACUCGUUCAUAUCUACUCAGACUUCCCCUGCAUCAAUGCGACUUUCGCAGCAGUCUACGUUCACGACCGAAACACUCGGCAAGCCAAGAGCACUACCAUUAAGGCUCAACAACAAUGGACAUGAUAUAUGGGACAUCCCGAAUGAGAGAGAAGACUCACACUGGCCUCGCCUCGUGUCCCUGACCGAUCCUCUACUUGAUGUGGGCUUAGUGGUUACCCAAUCUGAUAAGAAUAUAAAGCAAAAGGGUCGAAGGGUCUCGGGCAAACCACCGUCCUUUCUUGAUCGAGCGGAAGAAAUUCUGCACAUUGAAGAGAUCCCGGCGUCGACUUCAACAUCUAAUCAAAGAUUACAAUCUCUAACGUUGGCUGUGACCAUCAAUCGAGAGUCCAGUAUGUAUACUGUCUGGCGAAUGUCUUAUCUUCAAAGAGAAGAUCCCUUUCGCGCACCCAAGGCUGCCAAAAAGAAGACGGAUCGCCGCCGUAGCUCAAUGCAGCCAGGCCAGCCAAGUGGUGUCACAUCUCCAGUUCAACAAGGCUUCCAGGAGAGUUUCAGCACCACUCUUCCAGGAAAGCGGAGCCGAAAAAGUGAAAAGCAAGGAAAGGCCGACAAAGCUUUGGAGAACCUCGAAACUUCACUCGGGCUCGAUAAAGAUGCAGCAGCGGGUCGGCGAACUUCUCGUCGGGUGAGCUCCAUGCUUGCAAGAGCAGACCUUUCAGCAUCUCAAGAUCGUGCAGGUUUCAAUGACCAACCCCAGGUCGUCAACCUUACUGGGGGGCGUAGAGAGACUUCUUAUGGGAGUACGCGUGUACGAACAAGUGGUGUUUUCCAAGCUGCUAGCUUUGGCGGUCCGGCAACGCAGUCUUCAAAUCCUCUGGGCAGUUUCCUAGAACCUCCUGUAGACUACUUACUGGAAGAACUACGUAAUAGUGGCGACGUUGAGGGCUUUCAUACUAUGGGACUUGAUGAUCAUGAUUUCGACGGCUUGGCACGCGAGAUCUUGUUCACCAAAAUUCACAGUGUAUCAGUCGACAACAGCAAUGUCAGAUAUUCGCUCUCCAGGGUCCCCGCAAAAGAGCAUUGCAAGGUUUUCUGUCUGGUAGGCCCCGAGUCCAUAGUAGACGAACAGCAUCGCCGUCAGGUCCUUGUCGGUGUACAAGAUUCUAUGGAAAAGCGGCUUCAGUUAUUAACGCUUCACCUGCAAACGACCACCGAAUCCGCAGCACCUAGUGCUGGUACAACAAAUGUCACGUUUGGUCAGCUGCGAAAAGCACAAAAUGUGAUCGACUGCUGCAAAAUCACUGAUCAAACUGUGUCGAUGAUCCUAGUUCUUUCCGAAUCUGCGAAUGGGGACCGGGAACUAAGUCUCCAAGCGCCUUGGAGUGAGCUUACAUCGGUGCAGCUCCCAGCAAAGCUACUCCUCUCGAAUUUGCGGAGCUUGGAUGAACAUGGCAGCCUUGUGACAAGGGAAUUUGGCCUGCGGAGAGCCGUCAAUCCUGCUCUGGGUGAACUGGCCGGCGUGCGGUUCCCUAGACUGAAUGGAGUAGUUGAUAUCUUUGGAGAAAAUCAACAGCUUCAUCAGAUAAAGAUUCAGUUGCACCCAUCACGGCCCCAAGUCGCCAAGAUAUAUGACAUUCUUAGAGCAGCAUUACCAAUUCCGACAGGUGAUAAGCUCCUUGCUGGAUGGUGGCACACUAUGAAUUGGCUUCGCAGAGAGAACGUCGAGUGCGCAGAUCUCGAAUGGUCCGCCUUUGCUAUACAGCUUCUGUCCGUCUAUAUGGCACUGGGUUUCGACGAGAUCCCUGUCUCUUCAAACUCUCUAGCUGGUCAUCGACGAAAAAGGAGCCUAAUAAGGUCCGGUAGCGGUGCGCAGGUCGAUUUGAGUGACUGGGACGCCAUGAAUCUAACCGAGACACCCAACUCGGCUACGCAUCCACACUGGAUGCAGACUCGAGGUUGGCAAUGGAUCAUGGAGCAAGAGGAUGCAGCAAACAUGUUUCAGCCCACUCAAGGGAGGCAGGAAGAGCUCUCGUUCGUGUUGUCUCACAUCAGACAUGCUCAAGCUUUCAUGGCCUCCAAUACUGGAGAGGCUGCUUGUGGCCAAGCUGGGUAUUUACCCACAGCUGCAGGCCAUACUGAGUCAAGUCGAAUUCACUAUGCGCAAGAGAUAUUGAGCACUCUGCACUACCUGCUGGAAGAGCAGAAGCUUGACAUCAGUGCAUCUCACAAGAUAUCUCCUGGCCCAUCGGAUCUGCAAGCGCUGAUUAUGCAAGUUGUCAAGUGGCUGCGCUGGAAGACUUGGGUGUUGGCAUAUGAGCUAGAGAUGCCCCUUGAUCGCCCGGAUUUCCAUGACAGCCUCAGCAGCGCCUCUAUCUCAGAGCGUGUGCCGGAACCGCCUUUGUGGAGUGUUCUGGAAUGGACACAAGCAUGCCUAGCACACGACGUAUCAACCCAGAUUCCACAAAACAUGGCAAGCAUACCAGCUACAAUCCUGCCGCAAACAAAAUUGCUUUCGCGCUUUUUUGAGGCAUUGAGGACAAAGACGUCAUCGCCUAUCCAUUUUGUCGAAGCAAUGCAUAGCAGUGGCAUCACGCCUGCCAGGUUGGAAUCCUUCCCGGAGACCGUUCUUGUUCCUCUGCAAGAUGCAAUUUCUCAAUGUCAAGCUCGUCCACCACCUUCUUGGUCCAAGAGCCUCCUCGACUUAGUCGAUCGUGGUGAUAUUGGGGCCGUUCUUUCGCCGCUUGAUAAGAGCCAUUCAGGCUCUACCAGUCUUAAUGCUUCGUCGCAUGUGUCAUCGUGGGAUUUUAGUUCUCUUUGCCAGAACGUGAUGGAUUUCAACGAUGCUCCAGCUGAGGAUAGUGCCGAGAGCGACAAACAAGCAGUGAUCCGCGCUAUUUUCAAGGAAGACCGACGGCUCGAGGAGACAAGACUUAUGCUCAACACCACCAGGCCCAGAGCAGUACGUCUGGACCCCGAACCUGAAUGGACGGAGCCCUUCUACCUUGAGCAACAGAAGGAGCUCGUGACGCGCUUAGCCACCAAUACCUUGUCCAUACCCACUAGCCGAGGACUGCUGAACUAUGGGCUGCGCUUCCCGCUCCUCACGCAAAAGUAUCAUAUCCACGGAUUUGUACUCAAUUGUAUCGUCAAGCCAACAAAUGUCACGGUUGGGGUUGACAAGUCACUUUUCACGGAAGAGAAGAUUGCUUGGGCCUUUUUCCACUCGGGUGUCGCUGCAGGCCUCUCUAUAUCACGACAGGCAAAAGGUGUCGACACAUCCUGGAUUCUUUACAACAAGCCUGGGAAUGAUUUAAACAACCGUCACGCCGGGUUUCUUCUUGCCUUGGGUUUGAACGGCCACCUGAAGGGGCUGGCCAAAUGGGUUGCAUUCAAGUACCUGACGCCGAAACACACAAUGACAUCAAUCGGACUGCUCCUUGGGCUAGCAGCCUCAUAUAUUGGUACUAUGGACUCGUUAAUUACGCGUUUGCUGUCUGUACACGUUACGCGUAUGCUACCACGCGGCGCAGCUGAGCUUAAUUUAUCACCGCUUACCCAGACGACCGGCAUCAUGGGCAUUGGUCUCCUGUACUGCAACAGUCAGCACCGACGGAUGAGCGAGAUCAUGAUGUCGGAGAUACAACAUGUCGAAACCGAAGACGAUGAAGAGCCACUACGUAGCGAAUGCUACCGAUUAGCUGCUGGAUUCGCACUAGGCUUCAUCAAUCUAGGGAAGGGUGCAGAUCUGAAGGGUCUUCACGACAUGCGAAUCACGGAGCAAUUGUUGACACUUGCGUCAUCCACCAAGAACAUCGAAGUCGUGCACAUUCUUGAUCGAUCUGUUGCAGCGGCCGUAAUGGCAAUUGCGCUGAUAUACAUGAAAUCAGAGGACUACAUCGUGGCUCGGAAAAUCGACGUACCAGAUGCUCUACUGCAGUUCGACUACAUUCGUCCAGACAUUCUGCUUCUGCGUACUGUUUCGAAACACUUGAUAUUGUGGUCUGCAAUCCAACCGACUCAUGCUUGGAUUCGUGAGAAUCUACCUGCCAGAUAUCAUAAACGAGUGAACCCCCCCACGCAGCCUUUCGACCAUGCUGUCCGCGGACCGCUCAACAGUACCGACCUGCCGUUCUUGACCAUACUUGCUGGCCUUUGUUACGCCAUCGCGUUACGAUACUCUGGUUCAGGGGAUGUGCAUGUGCGUGACUUGCUGCUUGUGUAUCUGCAGCGCUUCUACGGAUACUGCCGCUCUGCAUCGCCUAGUGCAAACUUUGAUGAACGCACCGUGCACGUUACGGCCCGUAUGUGCCUGGACAUUGUUGCACUGUCAACCGCAACUGUAAUGGCAGGGACUUGUGACCUGAAGGUUCUUCGGAUCCUGAGAUCACUGCAUGGAAGAAACGACAGGGAUACAACCUACGGUUCGCACAUGGCAGCACACAUGGCAAUCGGCGUCUUGUCUCUGGGGUGUGGAACUCAAACCUUCAGCACAUCCAACUUGGCCAUUGCGUCCUUGUUGGUGGCGUUCUACCCAGUAUUUCCAGACCAAGUGCAAGACAAUAAGAGCCACCUACAGGCUUUCCGACACUUUUGGGUCCUAGCUACUGACCCUCGAUGCCUGGUGACGAAAGAUUUGUCGACCAACACGCCUGUCAGUGUCUCGAUUGUCAUCAAGUUCAAGGACGGUAAGCCUGAGCAGGUACAAAAUACCCCUUGCCUUCUACCACCUCUUGAUGACGUGGCAAGCUUGCGUACGAACAGUCCGGAAUACUGGAACCUUGAACUGAACUUUUCUGGCCCCAAUGGAGACCAGAUGAAAGAAAAGUUUCGUGAAAAUCAGGUGUUAUGCCUGCGGAGACGGCCAGUAGACGGCACUCCAUUCUCUGCGACAAUGCUUGCACUGGGCCGCCAAGGAGCUGCUGCAGGUCCGAAUGAAGAGGGUGCUCAACCGUUGACAUGGUUGUUUGAUGCAUCAGAAAGUUUAGGCAAGCUUACUCAUGCAGAGCGUGAUAUAGCGCUCGAUAGCGGAGUCGGCGGGCCUGACGUUGGUCAAAGUAAGGCGAGUGUCGUGGAUACAAGGCUCAUACUCGAAGAAAGCAUCAAUUCUAGUCGCAGAGACGAUCUCAUUGGGCUUAAAGGUCUGUUUGAGUGGGUCGAUUGGAAGGCUCGGAAUGUCGGGGACGACAAACGUGCAAGCACAGAUGGUCAGAUUUGGAACACUGAGGGCUGGCUCAGAGAAAGUGUAAUUGAAGACCUGAAAGGAAAAGUCUGGCUCGCGGGACGCGAGAAUGAUUAG